AUGUGGUUUUCUUCAUCGUUCUCCCUUAAAAAUGUGAUCUUAUUGUCUUUGCAGUCAAGUGAAGAGCUAAUGGUGGGUGGAGGUGGAGCUGCUGGAAUAUAUGGUGCAAUCAGGGCAAAAACUCUGGCCCCCAAUCUUAAAGUAGUUGUUGUCGAAAAGGGAAAAGCUUUAUCCAAGGUUAAGAUUUCUGGAGGUGGUCGCUGCAAUGUGACUAACGGUCAUGGCGUUGACAAUAUGAUUUUGGCAGAACACUACCCCAGGGGACACAAGGAACUGCGAGGGUCUUUUUUCAAGAUGCAUAGCCCAAUGGACACUAUGACUUGGUUUUCUGAUCAUGGGGUAGAGCUUAAGACUGAAGAUGAUGGAAGGGUUUUUCCUGUCAGUAACAGUUCAUCUUCUGUAAUUGAUUGCCUCUUGUCUGAAGCCAAGAGCAGAGGAGUUAUACUGCUGACUGGAAAGGUUGUGACAAGUGCUUCCAGUAUUGCCAGAGGGAAAUUCACUGUCAGGGUAGAGAAACAGACAGCUGAUAUUGUAGAGUAUGUGGAAGCUGAGUAUCUUCUAAUUGCAAGUGGAAGCAGCCGGCAGGGUUAUAGUCUUGCUGCUCAGCUUGGUCACACUAUUGUGGAACCUGUACCGAGCCUAUUCACUUUCAAGAUUGAUGAUGUCCAGCUAGCAGAGUUGUCUGGGGUUACAUUCACCAAGGUAAAAGCUAAAUUGAAACUAGAUACCAUGCAGAAGAAUGUACCACAGCUUACACAGGUUGGACCAAUGUUGGUAACGCAUUGGGGGCUUAGUGGUCCAGUGAUUCUUCGCCUAUCUGCAUGGGGAGCCCGUGAUCUUUCCAGUUCAAAUUAUAAAGGCAUCCUUGAAGUAGAUUUUGCUCCUGAUCUUCAUGCUGAAGAUGUAAAAUCUGUUCUCAAUCAACACAAGAAUCAAUUCCCAAAGCAAAAGUUGCUCAGUUUGCCUUCUGAAUUUGGCCUGGCAAAAAGAUUCUGGAAAUAUAUAAUAGACCGUAAGGGUCUAUCUGGAGAUAUCCUCUGGUCUUCAAUCUCUCGCGGCUCAUUAACAUCAGUUGCUUUUCUCUUAAAACACUGUACCUUUAAUGUCAUAGGCAAGGGUCAAUUUAAGGAUGAGUUUGUCACGGCUGGAGGAGUUCCGUUGUCUGAGAUUUACCUGAAUACAAUGGAAAGCAGGAUUCAGUCCAAUCUGUUCUUUGCUGGGGAGGUACUGAAUGUUGAUGGCGUUACUGGUGGUUUCAAUUUCCAGAAUGCCUGGUCUGGUGGAUACAUUGCGGGGACAAGUGUCGGUAACCUUGCUAAUGGCAGUAACCCUAGAUACAGAGAGGAGGAUGUUGCGUAGAGAAACACAGAAUGUGGCAUGCUCAAACAUGGCAAAAGGUGGUACGAAUGCUCAAUAUUUAUGAUUCUGCUAAUAAAUGGUACAGUCCUAUUUCCAGAUUUUGGUAUCAAGAGAGGUAUGUGGCAGUUUGUGUUUGCGAAGGUGGUUAGACAGAAUUAAGUUGUCAUCUUCGGUAAGGGAAAGCUUCAUCCAGGAGAACACAACUAUAUAUUCUCGAACAAUGUCAGCUCUUCAUCAGAUGUUGAUGCUAUUUUCUGGAGAGAUAUUACCCCAUUUCCUCCCGCAAUUGGCGGAGCAAAGCAUCCAAAACCUCUUUUAGAAUGCUGCAGAAAAAGUUCUUGCACGCUACAGACUACUCCAUUCGGCCAACAGUUUGAAGUCUGCAGUCUGCACAUCAAAGCUUGAACUUCUUCUCCGAUUGAUGUCACUUGGUGCAUGCUUCCAGAUGUCAAGGAAAUGAAGCUUUUCUGAAUACUCAGUUUUCAAAUCAUGAAAACAAUCUGGACAAAUUUCACAAUGCAGUUUGGGCCCGUCCAAAUUAGUCGUCCUCAUUGCCGGGAGCAAUACUCAAAAAAACUAGAGAGGAAAACUGAGUCAAAUUUUCUGAAUUCGGAGGUUCUUUGUAGUUUGAUUAGUCAAGGAGUUGGUUCCUUUUCAAAAACAGAUGCAGCUUUUAGUAGAUUAAUAGAUCAUUGAUGACAUUAUAUGAAUUGGUCCUUUUCAAUGUGCUUAAAGAAAAGGAGUCCCAUAUUUUUCUAAAACAAUAAUAUAUAUGGCUAUGGAAAAUUUCAAGAAGAAGAAAGAAGUUACUACUGUA